UCUCACCAUGAAAACCCCUGCUGUGCUGACACCUGGCAUCCUUGUGCUUCUGUUUACCUUGGUGCAGAGGAGCAAUGGGGAAUGCAAAGAAGCACUAGUAAAGUCUGAGAUGAAUGUGAAUAUGAAGUAUCAGCUUCCAAACUUCACUUCGCAAACGCCCAUUCAACAUGUCGUUUUACACAAGCAUCACAUUUACCUCGGUGCUAUUAAUUACAUAUAUGUUUUAAAUGACAAAGAUCUUCAAAAGAUUGCUGAGUACAAGACUGGGCCUGUGCUGGAACACCCAGAUUGUAUCCCAUGUCAGAACUGCAGCCACAAAGCCAAUUCAUCAGGUGGCAUUUGGAAAGAUAACAUUAACAUGGCAUUGCUUGUUGACACGUACUAUGAUGACCAACUCAUUAGCUGCGGCAGUGUUCACAGAGGGACCUGCCAGCGACAUGUGCUUUCACCGAGCAACACAGCUGACAUACAGUCAGAGGUUCACUGUAUGUACUCCCCACAGGCAGAUGAAGAGCCUAGCCAGUGUCCUGACUGUGUGGUAAGUGCCUUGGGGACCAAAGUCCUGCUGUCUGAAAAGGAGAGGUUCAUCAACUUCUUCGUGGGCAACACUAUCAACACUUCCUACCUUCCAGAUCAUUCAUUGCAUUCAAUAUCGGUGAGAAGACUAAAGGAAACACAAGAUGGUUUUAAGUUUUUAACAGAUCAGUCAUAUAUUGAUGUUCUACCCGAGUUCCGAGAUUCUUACCCCAUUAAGUACAUCCACGCCUUUGAAAGCAACCAUUUUAUUUAUUUUUUGACAGUCCAACGGGAAACUCUAGAUGCUCAAACUUUUCACACGAGAAUAAUCAGAUUCUGUUCUGUAGACUCUGGGCUGCAUUCCUACAUGGAAAUGCCACUGGAGUGUAUUCUCACAGAAAAGAGAAGAAAGAGAGCCACAAGGGAAGAAGUGUUUAAUAUUCUUCAAGCUGCAUAUGUCAGUAAGCCUGGUGCCCAUCUUGCUAAACAGAUAGGAGCCAAUCUGAAUGAUGACAUCCUCUAUGGGGUGUUUGCGCAAAGCAAGCCAGAUUCUGCUGAACCAAUGAAUCGCUCGGCCGUCUGUGCAUUCCCCAUCAAAUUCAUCAAUGAAUUCUUCAACAAGAUUGUCAACAAAAACAAUGUGAGAUGUCUCCAGCAUUUUUAUGGACCCAACCAUGAACACUGCUUUAAUAGGACACUUUUAAGAAAUUCAUCAGGAUGUGAAGCGCGCAGUGAUGAAUAUCGAACGGAGUUUACCACAGCUUUGCAACGUGUUGACUUAUUCAUGGGCCAAUUCAACCAAAUCCUCCUAACAUCUAUCUCCACCUUCAUUAAAGGAGACCUCACCAUCGCUAAUCUUGGGACAUCAGAGGGUCGCUUCAUGCAGGUUGUAGUUUCUCGGUCAAGAUCAACCCCCCAUGUGAAUUUUCACCUGGAUUCCCACCCUGUGUCCCCAGAAGUGAUUGUGGAACACCCACUAAACCAAGAUGGCUACACACUGGUUAUCACUGGGAAAAAGAUCACCAAGAUCCCACUGAACGGCUUAGGCUGUGAACAUUUCCAGUCCUGCAGUCAGUGUCUCUCCGCCCCACCCUUUGUUCAGUGUGGCUGGUGCCAAGAUAAAUGUGUAAAGCGGGAGGACUGUCCCAGCGGAGGAUGGACUCAAGAGACUUGUCUGCCUGUAGUCUAUAAGGUUUUUCCAACUAGUGCACCUCUUGAAGGAGGAACAACACUGACCAUAUGUGGCUGGGACUUUGGAUUCAGGAAGAAUAAUAAAUUUGAUUUAAAGAAAACCAGGAUUCUCCUUGGAAAUGAAAGCUGUACCUUGACCUUAAGUGAGAGCACCGCAAAUAGGUUGAAGUGCACUGUUGGUCCUGCAGUGAGCGAGCAUUUCAAUAUGUCCAUAAGUAUUUCAAAUAGUAAAUGGAGAGCAAACUAUAGUACAUUUUCCUAUGUGGAUCCUAAAAUAACAAGUAUUUCUCCAACUUAUGGUCCUAAGACUGGUGGUACUUUACUUACUAUAACUGGAAAGUUCCUAAACAGUGGAAAUUCUAGACACAUUUCAAUUGGUGAAAAGACAUGCACUUUGAAAAGUGUGUCAGAUAAUGUUCUUGAGUGUUAUACCCCAGCCCAAACUACUUCAACUGAGUUUCCUGUUAAAUUGAAAAUUGACUUAGCCAACAGAGAGACCAACAGCUUCAGUUACCGAGAAGACCCUGUUGUCUAUGAAAUUCAUCCAACUAGAUCUUUUAUUAGUGGUGGGAGCACAAUAACAGGUGUUGGAAAAAACCUAAAUUCAGUUAGUGUCUUGAGGAUGGUGAUAAGUGUGUUUGAAGCAGAAAAGAACUUUACAGUGGAAUGUCAACAUCGCUCUAAUUCAGAAAUAAUCUGCUGUACAACUCCUUCACUGCAACAGCUGAAUCUGCAACUCCCUCUGACAACCAAAGCCUUUUUCAUGUUAGAUGGGAUGCAUUCCAAAUACUUUGAUCUCAUUUAUGUACCUAAUCCUGUAUUUAAGCCUUUUGAAAAGCCAGUGAAGAUCUCAAUAGGCAAUGAAAAUGUACUGGAAAUUAAGGGAAAUGAUAUUGACCCUGAAGCAGUUAAAGGUGAAGUGUUAAAAGUUGGAAAUAAGAGCUGCGAGAAUAUACAGCCAUACUCUGAAACCGUUCUAUGUACAGUCCCCAAUGACCUCCUGAAAUUGAACAGUGAACUAAAUAUAGAGUGGAAACAAGCAGUUUCUUCAACUGUCCUUGGAAAAGUAAUAGUUCAACCAGAUCAGAAUGUCACAGGACUGAUUGUUGGUAUUGUUUCAAUAUCAAUAAUGCUGUUAUUAUUAUUUGGACUCUUCCUGUGGUGGAAAAAGAGAAAGCAAAUUAAAGAUCUGGGCAGUGAAUUAGUUCGCUAUGAUGCAAGAGUACACACUCCUCACUUGGAUAGGCUUGUAAGUGCCCGAAGUGUAAGUCCAACUACAGAGAUGGUAUCAAACGAAUCUGUAGACUACCGAGCUACCUUUCCAGAAGACCAGUUUCCUAACUCAACUCAGAAUGGAUCUUGCAGACAAGUGCAUUAUCCUCUGACAGACCUAUCCCCCAUCCUAAAUAGUGGGGACUCUGAUAUAUCUAGUCCAUUACUGCAAAAUACUGUCCACAUUGACCUCAGUGCUCUAAAUCCAGAGCUGGUCCAGGCAGUCCAGCACGUAGUGAUUGGGCCAAGCAGCCUGAUUGUGCAUUUCAGUGAAGUCAUAGGAAGAGGACACUUUGGGUGCGUAUAUCAUGGGACUUUGCUGGACAGUGAUGACAAGAAAAUUCACUGUGCUGUGAAAUCCUUGAAUAGGAUCACUGACAUAGGAGAAGUUUCCCAGUUUCUGACAGAGGGAAUCAUCAUGAAGGAUUUUAGUCACCCCAACGUUCUCUCACUCCUGGGAAUCUGCCUUCGAAGUGAGGGGUCUCCACUAGUGGUGCUACCAUACAUGAAACAUGGAGAUCUUCGAAAUUUCAUUAGAAAUGAGACUCAUAAUCCAACUGUAAAAGACCUUAUUGGCUUUGGUCUUCAAGUAGCCAAAGGGAUGAAAUAUCUUGCAAGCAAAAAGUUUGUUCACAGAGACUUGGCUGCAAGAAACUGCAUGCUGGAUGAAAGUUUCACUGUCAAGGUUGCUGAUUUUGGUCUUGCUAGAGACAUGUAUGAUAAAGAAUACUACAGUGUACACAACAAAACAGGUGCAAAACUGCCAGUGAAGUGGAUGGCUCUAGAAAGUCUGCAAACUCAGAAGUUCACCACAAAGUCAGAUGUGUGGUCCUUUGGUGUGCUUCUCUGGGAACUGAUGACCAGAGGAGCACCGCCUUAUCCAGAUGUCAACACCUUUGAUAUAACAGUUUACUUGUUGCAAGGCAGAAGGCUCUUACAACCCGAAUACUGCCCAGAUGCCUUAUAUGAAGUGAUGCUAAAAUGCUGGCACCCUAAAGCUGAACUGCGCCCAUCCUUCUCUGAACUGGUCUCUAGGAUAUCAGCAAUAUUCUCUACUUUCAUCGGGGAGCACUAUGUCCACGUAAAUGCUACUUACGUGAACGUCAAAUGUGUGGCUCCAUAUCCUUCUCUCUUAUCAUCACAAGAUAACAUUGAUGGCGAGGGGGGAACAUGAUGGAUGGAUAUAUGCCAGCAGCCUCCUUCUGAGAAACAUCACAGCACUGUCCAAGCAACAGUCCACACUUUAUCGAAUUUUUUUUUUCACUGCCUGGCCAUUGAAAGGCCAUGAGAUAGUUUUUGCUUUUGUCAAAAUUGCACUAUAGUGGACCUUCUAUUGAUAUUUAAAUUUACUGGAUUCUAAGGAAUUUCUCAUCUGACAAAGCAUCAGAGCCACAAGCUCUGUCCCACAGACCCGUGUGACUAAUGCCUACACCACAGCUGCAAUGACGCGCCUGUCACUUUCAGGCCACAGCCUGAACUCUGAGUUGAAAUUUUUAAAAAUCAAGAUCCCACCUGAUUUCAUAUGGGAAACUGAGGAAAUCAAUUUUGAGGGUUUCUUGAUCACAGGAAACUUAGAAGUUGUAAUGUCUAGGACAGAUGUGACACUUCAGGACCAAACCACUCACUUAGAAUUAAAGUGUUUGAAGACUUUUAUAUGUUGUAUGAUCACAUUCCCUUUAAAAUUCUGCAUACAUGUUCCUUUUAUUGAAGAAACGUCUAUAGUCAGCACAGUCAACAUUUCAAAACAGGCAUGAAAUGAAUUUAUAAAUUAGCAGGAAUAUUUACAUAUUGUACAUAGAUGUCAUUAGGAAGUUUUCAUAAAAUAGCUUAGUCAAUGAAAUAUUUACUUGUCAUUUAAAAGUCAACUGUCUUGAGAAUGAUACUGCUCUGAUUAAGGAAUGUGGAUAUUUUGAUCUUUUUUUAAAUGGCAACUCUGAAUAAGACAAGUAAUUUGUGAUAAGUAUUUUUAAAGGUAGCUCAGUGUGUUUUUAAAACAGAAUACAUCUGAUUUGAAGGUUUAUUGCUCCCAGUCACAGCUCAUACACAGAGCAAAGAAAGGAUCAUUGAACUAAAAAUAUUAACUUCUUUUUCAGGUGACAGCUUCCCACCCCGCAAACAAUUGGAGACAAAAAAAAAUUGGGGGAGAUCAAUUAUACAUUAAAAUAUGCUUAUAUGUUCUGUAAGAAUAUAGUUAAGCUAACCAUGAAAAAAAUGGACAACUGAAAGUCCUGACCAUUUGACCUGGGUGA